UUUGCCGUAUCUAGUUCAGGUAUUAUCAAUAUAAACAUCUAGUAUAUAUUUUGUACGUUAUUUACAUUUUCAUUUGGAAAAAAAUAUAUCCAUGUGAGAACUUAUUUGUUUUUAAACUAAAUGAUAUUUGAAAGAUUCGUUGCCGGAAAAGUUUAAAGGUUUGAAAAAAUGGAAAAUAUUAAAUUAUUUUGCACGACAAAUUGGAUAAAUAUUACUGCUGGUUUAGCAAUAAGUGUGACGACGAUAAUUAUACUACGGAAAAUACGGAACAGGCCGAAGAAAAGGGUUUGUGGAAUAGACUACCCGGCGGACACUGUCAUAUUACAUCAGUUUGAGAGAGGAAAAACUGCACCGAGCGUCGGCCACUUUGUUAUGAAACUAGAGACAUUUCUCAGGGUCAAUAAAAUAACUUAUCAGUCGGAUUUCAACUUCCGCAAUGGACCAAAAGGAAAGGUUCCGUGGAUUGAGUACAAUGGUACAACGAUGGGUGAUUCACACAUGAUAAUUGAAAUGUUGAAUAAGGAAUUUAAAAUUGACAUGGACAGUCAUUUGUCAGAGUACGAAAAAGCAGUAGCCUGGGCUAUUCAGAAGUGGAUAGAGGAAUAUAUGUAUUGGUUAAAUGUUCACACACGAUGGGUUAUAUUGACUUCCGAAAUGUUUGAAGAAGGACUUGCUAAUUUUUCAUCAGCAUUAAAGCCUUUGAUACGGCGAAAAGCUUUGGAUAUGACGUUUAAAGUAGGCAUUGGUCGGCAUAGCAACAGUGAGGUGCACGACCUAAUGGUGAAUGACCUCCGAAAAUUUUCACAACUCCUUGGGAACAAAAAUUACAUAAUGGGAGACAAAAUGGCUGUCGUAGACUGUGCAGCAUUUGGAAUACUUUCACAGAUACGAUGGUGUACUCCAUCCAAAUGUCCUGGAACAAAACUACUACACAGUGGGGAACUCUCUAAUGUUGUUAGUUACAUGGACAGGAUAAAGAAUACGUAUUGGCCAGAUUGGGAAUCAUUAACAGCAGACAAAUAGCGUACAAUAACAGCUACCGGAGCAACUGUAUUAAAAACUGUUGAGUGGACCAACUGUUGAGAUGUAUCAUAGUUUAUGGACUUUUCUGUUUAAAUCGUUUAAAAAUACACGCACAGUGCAUUAACGGGAGUGCAGAUAUUUGUUACCAGCACGCCAGAGCAUGCCAAUUGAUUGGCUCAUUUUUUUCUGGGGUUUACUUUUUGUGACGACAGGGAAAGGAAUACGAUAGAAAUGUCGCUUUCAGAUUAUCGUUCAUUGGUUGCUAUUUUCUGCGUUUUAUAUUGUGACAACUUUGGACGUGUUAUAACGAGAAGGGGUAUUGAAACACUUGGAAUUUUGAUUUAUACAUCCCCUACACCCCCUCGUACAAAUCAUAUAGACUCGUCUUUCGAUGUUCUUUCUAUUACAUAUAAAAAUUGGUAAAUUAUUUUGUAAUGUUUGUUGUCUAAUGUGAACACAAAUAUUUAAGUGCAGUACAAAACCAGACUGAGUAUUUUCGUUUAAAUUUUACCGGUUUUCUUUUUCUAAAACUGUUCUAAUUAGAUUUGAAAUUAAGAGAAUUUUUUAAGGAGUUACAGGGCAUUUAUGAAUGGAUUUUAUUGUUAGUCCAAUGUUAUAGGUCCAUAUUUUAUGACGGAAAAUUAGGAGAUGUAACAAUAGUUUUAGUGUCGCAUUCACUUUAUGAUUUAUUUGACUGUAUAUUCGGAUUAUAACAGAUCUGGAUAAAUAUUAACAUACCGAUAUAACUUUUACUCAUGAAGGUUCACAUGAAUUGACGUUUUCGAGCUAUUUAAUACCUGCGCCAGUGAUGACAGAUUGCUGCAGUGAUACCAGAAACCUAAAAUUUAUUGAUUACAUGUAUAUGUUUAUAAACAUUACACAAAUAAGGACAACUGUCCAUUGACUUAGGAUACUAUCAGAUAAUUUUGGUCUUGUUUCCCCAUGUUCUUUUUUUAUAAAAUGAGCGGGUUAAAAAUGAAAGCAAUGAAAUUGACCUUAUUUACGUAGUAUGAAUAUACCAACCAAGUUUAUAACCUACCUGUUGUAAUCAGUAA